AUGGCUUAUAAAAUUAGAGGAGCUUCUGACAAAGAAGCAGCCACCAUGAUUGUAUCAGGAUUCACUGGUAUGAUAAAGCAUUGGUGGGACAACUAUUUCACAGAUGACGUUAAGAGCCUUAUCUAUGAGUCCACGGCCAUGGAAACCAUCGUUGUCAAGAGUGAAAGUGGUCAAGAAACCCUUCAGCAAGUUGUGAAAGAAGACGCCUGUGCUACCCUCCUGUAUCAUAUAGCUAGACACUUUAUAGGAGAGCCCAAGUUAUUUCAAGAUAGAAGCCUUGAAAUUCUUAACAACCUCACCUGCAAAGAUUUAGCAGACUUUAGAUGGUAUAAGGGCACCUUUUGGGUCAAAAUCAUGAUUCGACCUGACUGUAACAAUGACUUUUGGAAAGAACGUUUUAUUAGUGGUCUCCCUCCUCUGUUCGCAGACAAGGUUAGAACCAAAAUCAAAUAUAGAUUCGAGGGAAAAAUCCCUUACAGAAUUUUAACUUAUGGGGAUAUAAUAAGCUUCAUUACCACCGUGGGGAUAGACCUCUGCACCGACCUUAAGCUUAAGAAGCAACUUAAGAAUGAUAGCACUUCCAAAUAUGGGUUAGGUACCUUCUGCCAAGAUUUCGGUUUCACGAAUCUAUCCUCUCCAUCUAGUAAAAAACAUAGGAAAAAAUCCUAUAAGUCACAUAGAAAAUCCAAACCUAGACAAGAGUCCUCUAAAAAGAAGUCUUACAAAACUAGUAGAAAAACUAGGAAAAAGUCCUCUAGAAAUAAAGAUGUUUGUUGGACUUGUGGUAAAACUGGCCAUAGAGCUAAAGAUUGUAAAUCUGGCAAGAAGAGUAAGAUGAACCAAUUAGGUCUCUCUGAAGAAACCAAAGAGAAAUUAUUCUCUAUAUUGGAAGACUCAUCAGACUCUUCCGACUCUUCCAGCUCUUCUAGUGACGAUUAUAGCAACGAAGAAUUUAUCAACGCCACAUAUGAGUUCGAUCGAUCCCAGUCUGGCCAAGAUUAUGCUUGCAACAGUACCUUCU